GGUAGAGGCUUUCCGUGACGCAGCAUCUGCUAUGGAACAAGAGAAAGAAAUCCUGCUAGAAAUGAUCCACAACAUACAGAACAGCCAGGAUAUGAGGCACAUCAGUGAAGGUGAGAGAGAAGAACUGAAUUUGACUGCUAAUCGUCUGAUGGGCCGAACCCUCACUGUGGAGGUUUCUGUAGAAACCAUCCGAAACGUUUUUUUACUGCAUGCCACGAAGAUGAUCGAUGAGAUUGUUAAUAAACUUCUAGAUGAUUUGGAAGACGCCAAAAUCCGCUUAAUGUCACUUUACGGUGCAUGCACAUCUGAUGUGCCAGCAGGACCCAUCGAUCAGAAAUUUCAGUCUGUGGUAAUCGGAUGUGCCAUUGAGGAUCAGAAGAAGAUCAAAAGGCGGUUAGAGACUCUGCUCAGAAACUUAGAAAAUUCUGAAAAGUCAAUCACGUUGUUGGAGCAUCAGAAAUCAUCUGUUCGACAGUCUUGCAACAGCAAACAGGAUUAAGCUGUCCUCCUGGCUGCUUCUGGCAAAUCGCAGGAUGAGCAAAUCUCCAUAAAAAGCACACAGAAGCUAAGAAAAAAAUUCUCUGUACAAGCACACGCGUAUUUACGCAUGCACAUGCACCGAAGUGUCUUUGAUUGCGAGGUGCAAGCAUUUAAGGGGUUUUGGUAGCAUUGGCAUUUUCUUUUGGCAAUAAUGAAUGCUAUCAGUUCUCCUGUAGAGUUGAUACUGCUCCAUUGCAAAUUGUAAUUGUGCUUCUGCUGAACUGUCAGAAACCAUCAAAAUCUAGCCUUUCCUCCAUUCUCCUGGGGUUUUUUAAAAGUUGUUUUGUCAUGUAGUGAUAUUUCAUCUUUUCUCUGCUGUAUACAUAGUGUGUGAACCAGACUUUUGGGGACAAAAUACAAGUCAAGGCAAUAAAUCAAAAACAUUAAUAAA